CCACAGGACAUCCCCAUCCCUGUUGUCUAGUGGACCCUGGAGUGGUCGCACGGCUGGAGAUGUUGAACUCAGAACUUCAGUUUGUCAGCGGUUAGAGUCGUCUCUUCAGAAAGGUUACAAGCAGUGGUAGUAGAAGUAGUUUUGAUGGUCCUGCCAUUGGGUGAUGCACUGGGAGUAGAGGAGGUGAUGGUGUAAGAGCCAGGGGGCGAAGCAGACAUGGAGAGAGUUCCUGGAGCCAGGAGGAGUAUCGGUGGUGGAUCGUUUAGACGGGCCUCCAUCCAUAGAACCACGUCUGGAUCUCAGAAGGCUCAGAAAGCGUGGAUUGAGAGGACGUUUCAAAAGAGAGAAUGCAUCCAAAUAUUUCCCAGCAAAGAACCAAACAGGUGCUGUUGUGGCCAGGCAGUGAACCAGCACGUAGCUGUCCUUCCGGGAGCAACCACCAGGGCGGCGGAAGAGGCCGGUCAGAAAGGGCUGGUGGAGGGAUCCAAGGAGCGCUGGUCUGUGCUCAAACACACGCAGGCCUCGGCUACAGACGCCUAUGGGGUCAUCGAGUUCCAGGGAGGAGGGCAGGUCAACAAGGCCAUGUACAUCCGAGUGGCGUACGACUCCAAGCCAGACAACCUCCUGCACCUGAUGGUGAAGGACUGGCAGCUGGAGCUGCCCACGCUGCUCAUCUCUGUCCACGGGGGGCUACAAAACUUUGAGCUCCAGCCUAAACUCAAACAGGUGUUUGGGAAAGGACUCAUCCAGGCAGCGGUGACCACUGGAGCGUGGAUCCUCACCGGAGGAGUCAGCACUGGAGUGAUCCGACAUGUCGGAGAUGCGUUGAAGGACCACUCCUCCAGGUCCAGGGGAAAGGUGUGCGCCAUCGGGAUCGCGCCCUGGGGCAUCGUGGAGAACAAAGAGGACCUGAUAGGAAGAGAUGUGACGCGUUCAUACCAAACCAUGUCCAACCCCAUGUCCAAGUUGUCUGUCCUCAACAACAGCCACUCCCACUUCAUCCUGGCAGAUAACGGGACACACGGGAAGUAUGGAGCCGAGGUCCGCCUCCGCCGUCAGCUAGAGAAACACAUCUCACUGCAGAAGAUCAACACGCGUCUGGGUCAAGGAGUGCCUCUGGUCUGUCUAAUCCUGGAAGGCGGUCCGAACGUCAUCUCCAUUGUCCUGGAGAGCUUGAGGGAGGACCCGCCUGUACCUGUGGUGGUUUGUGAUGGCAGCGGACGGGCCUCGGACAUCCUCUCCUUUGCACACAGAUACUCUGAGGAUGAUGGGUUGGUAAACGACAACGUGAAGGACCAGCUCCUGGUUACCAUCCAGAAGACGUUCAACUACAACCGCAGUCAGGCUCAUCAGAUAUUCCUAAUGGUCAUGGAGUGCAUGAAGAAACGCUCACUGAUCACGGUUUUCCGUAUGGGAUCAGAGGGACAGCAGGACAUUGAGAUGUCCAUUCUGACAGCCUUGCUGAAAGGCACCAACGCCUCCGCCCCUGACCAGCUGAGUCUGGCUUUGGCCUGGAACCGAGUGGACAUCGCCAGGAGCCAGAUCUUCGUUUAUGGCCACCACUGGCCCACGAGCGGCUCAUCUGUCAACUCCCUGGCUGCCUCCAGCAGCGGGGGCCAGGAUAAGCCCAAGAGCCCGGCCUCUGCCCGGGGGGGUGGCGGUGGGCUAGGGAAGGGGAAGGCCAGGGUGAAGAAGGGCAAAGGAGGCAAGGCCAAGCCUGAAGCUCCAGAGGAGACUGACCCCCGGAAGCUGGAGCUACGCAACUGGGUGAACUCCCUGGAGCAGGCCAUGAUGGACGCCCUGGUGCUGGACCGGGUGGACUUUGUCAAACUGCUGAUCGAGAACGGGGUCAACAUCCACCACUUCCUCACCAUCCCCCGUCUGGAGGAACUCUACAACACGAGGCUGGGCCCAACCAAUACAUUACACUUUGUAGUCAGAGACGUGAAGAAGGGAAAUCUCCCACCAGAUUAUCAGAUCACCCUGAUCGAUAUUGGGUUGGUUCUGGAAUUCCUGAUGGGCGGGGCGUAUCGUUGUAACUAUACCAGGAAGCAGUUCCGCAUCCUCUACAACAACCUCUAUGGGUUGAAGAGGCCGAAAGCGCUAAAAAUGUUAGGACUGGAGGAUGAUGAACCACGAGGGAAGGGCAAGAAAAAGGGGAAGAAGAAGAAAGAGGAAGAGAUUGACAUCGACAUGGACGACCCGGAGGUCUGUCGCUUCCAGUACCCGUUCCAUGAGCUGAUGGUGUGGGCCGUUCUCAUGAAGCGCCAGAAGAUGGCACUGUUCCUGUGGAAGAGAGGCGAGGAAGCCAUGGCUAAGGCUCUGGUGGCCUGCAAGCUGUACAAAGCCAUGGCCCAUGAGUCGUCUCAAAGCGAGCUGGUGGACGACAUCUUCCAGGACCUGGAAAACAACUCCAAGGAGUUUGGCCAGCUGGCCUACGAGCUCUUAGACCAGUCCUACAAGCAUGAUGAGCAGGUGGCCAUGAAGCUGCUGACCUACCAGCUGAAGAAUUGGAGCAACUCCACCUGCCUGAAGCUGGCUGUGGCCGCCAAACACCGGGACUUCAUCGCCCACACCUGCAGCCAGAUGCUGCUGACCGACAUGUGGAUGGGAUGCCUGAGGAUGGGCAAGAGCAACGGCUUCAAGGUGAUAUUAGGCAUAAUUUUUCCGCCUUCGAUUCUCCUCUUGGAUUUUCGACUCGGAGAAGAGGGGACCUUUCAAGUCCCGAUGGAGAAUGAAGAAGCUAAGGACAAAGAAGAUGACAAUAAAACCAAGGAAUGUAAUGUUGACGCCGUGUCAAAAAAGGGGGACGAGGAGGAAAGCGCUGUAAAAAAGAGAAGAGUUCCGAUCGGAAGGAAGAUCUAUGAGUUCUACAACACACCCUUCACCAAGUUCUGGUUCAACACGAUCUCUUACCUGGCGUACCUGUGCCUGUACAACUACAUCAUUUUGGUCAAGAUGGAACGCUGGCCCUCACUACAGGAGUGGAUUGUCAUCUCUUACAUCAUCACCCUGGGAAUGGAGAAAGUCAGACAGAUUCUGAUGUCUGAGCCUGGGAAGCUGAAGCAGAAGAUCAAUGUGUGGGCCGAAGAGUAUUGGAACAUCACAGAUGCGGCGGCCAUCUUUACGUUCCUCCUAGGCCUGAUGCUGAGACUACAGAACGAACCUCUGAUGGGCAUCGGUCGAGUGAUCUACUGCGUGGACAUCAUCUUCUGGUACAUCCGGGUGCUUGACAUCUUUGGUGUCAACAAGUACCUGGGACCCUAUGUAAUGAUGAUUGGGAAGAUGAUGAUUGACAUGUUAUACUUCGUGGUGAUCAUGCUGGUGGUACUGAUGAGUUUUGGGGUGGCGCGACAGGCCAUCCUGCACCCCGACGAGAUUCCAACAUGGCGUCUGGCCAGGAACAUCUUCUACAUGCCCUACUGGAUGAUCUACGGGGAGGUGUUUGCCGACUCGAUAGACCGUAAGAGUAGCAUUAAUAUCUAUGCCAUGGAAAUCAAUCCACCAUGUGGUGAUAACAUGUAUGAUGAAGAUGGAAAGAAGCUACCUCCUUGUAUCCCUGGAGCAUGGCUCACACCGGCCAUCAUGGCCUGCUAUCUGCUUGUGGCUAACAUCCUCCUAGUCAAUUUACUCAUUGCAGUCUUUAACAACACCUUUUUAGAGGUAAAGUCCAUCUCCAACCAGAUCUGGAAGUUCCAGCGCUACCAGUUGAUCAUGAAGUUCCAUGACCGCCCACUCCUUCCUCCUCCUCUCAUCAUCUUCAGCCACAUCUACAUAGUUCUGAAACGUAUCUGCUGUCGCUGCAAGAGGAGACCAGAGGGAGAGCAGGAUGACAGGGACAACAAAGGACUACAACUGGUCCUGAAUGCGGAGGAGCUGAAGGCUCUGUAUGAGUUUGAGGAGCAGUGUGUGGAGGAGUACUUUAGGGAGAAGGAGGAUGAGACGCAGUCAUCCAACAAUGAGCGGAUCAGAGUCACAUCUGAGAGAGUGGAGAACAUGUCGAUGCGCCUGGAGGAGGUGAAUGAGAGGGAGCACUCCAUGAAGGCCACCCUGCAGACCGUGGACCUCCGGCUAGGUCAACUGGAGGAGUUCUCCGGCCGCAUGAUGAACGCCGUGGAAAAGCUCGCCGGAGUGGAUCACUGUGACCUGGUCAGGACCCGGUCCGGAGGUCCGACCAGCUGUGACCCGUCCUCACUGCUCCGCCACGGCUCCACCUACAGCGCUGACGGCUACAGCCUUUACCGGUACCACCUGGACAUGGGCGACGACGCGCGCUCCGAGGCUGGCGACAGCAAGAGCCCAGAGAGGCAGGGCAGCAUCCGGAGGACAGGCGAGAGGCGAGGCAGUGUGAGGGACGCCGUGGCCGGCACCGCUGCCCCUCUGACAGGGUACGGGUCAACGCUACACGUGAGGGGACCCAGAGACAAGAUGUGUUCCAGCUCAAGCGUCGAUAUACUGAUCUCCCCCUGCGAAGCGGAGAUGGGAGCCCCAGGCCAGGACCCAGAAGCUCCGGCAGAGUCUUCUCUAAAGCCCAAUCAUGCGAACUCGAUGGACACGGCCUUGGAGAAGGCGGGCGUAGCCGUGGAGAAGAUUAAGCUGGAAGCUGCGGCCUCGUAUCCCCUGGAGUGGGCUAGGACCCUGCAGUAUCACCCACCAGAGACCCAAAUGGCCUCCCCGACCUCCAGGCCCAGAUCCAGAAGCGCCAUGGUGUACAAGCCAGCCAGUGAUGAAGAGGGAGGGGCCGCGUGGGCUACGGGCAUCAACAGCUCUCUUACCGUGGAAGGCAGUCCCAUCAGGUCUCCCACUAUUGGUCGCUGGGGGGCGCGCUUCGAGCACAAGGUUCACCCCUGCCCCAUUGGCCACAUGCCCAAAGUCUCCAUGGAAACGGGAAUCCCCGCCAGCACCGAUACAGCGUACAAGGCUGAGUUCAGUGAGACAGAUGGUGACCAACAGGGCCUGGCAGGGAAGAGCCGGCUGGAGAACAACCAAGACAGAGCUGAGGAUAAGCAGGAAGUGGAGGCUGAAGAUACUGCUGGAGACCUCAUGCUGGUUGGAGAGGACAGGAUGUAUCCGUCGCUGAGGUCCAAGAGCCUAAACACAAAGCCAAGGAAGGCUUUGAAGACCGGAGGAAAGAGCGUGGAGAGACCCAUGUCAGCUGGCAGUGUUAAAGACCUAGCGGUUAUGUUCAGAGGGGCUCUAGAACCAGAAGGAGAGUUGGAGAGAAAGACAAAUAGCUUUAAAGACAGAGCUCCAGCACCUGAGACCGACUUCUAACAAUGGCUUUCAUUGGUAUUACCCAUUGUGAAACAGGGUAAACCAGCCAACGUUGUGUUCAACAGCUGAGCAGUGUGUAACUAUUGACUUAGUCCGUACCUCGCAACAUAUCCACCAAAGGUUCCACCAAAGGUUCCACCAACCCAAUCCAGUUACUGAAGGACACUCUGUUUGCUAACUAGUGGCGUGAAUGCAGACACUUUUCGGUUUAAUUGUUGAAUAUUUUCUCUUUAAUAUUGAUUCUAUUAAAUGUGUUAUGUUUUGAUGGUUAAGGAAUAAACAGAAACAUCACCAGGAGUAUACACUGUUUGCGGAAACAGAAAACCCCUGGAUGUAGAUUUCCCACACCAUACUCCUGGUGAUGUUUUAACCCCUGGAGAUUUCCCUCACCAUAUAAUUUUUUUAAUUGACAGAAAUACUGAUUUUGCUAGUUUUCCAUGUUCCAUAUCAGCCUUUAAAGUUUGUCAUUGUUGCUUCAGAACAUUUGUUGUUUUGGCCUACAAUUUGUUUAUUUUUUUUUAUCCAUUUUACGAGCUUGCUUCCCCAGCGUGUUUGAAAUUAUUUUAUUUGUGUGGCAGCUACCGACAUUUGUGUUUAUUCGGUUUUACAAAGAGCAUGUAUUGUUUAAUCUAUCACAAAUAAUUGAUAUUUGUUUUUAGCUGAUGUGAAACUCUUAAAUUUAACAAAAUUGUUAGUCAAAGAGGUUUUUAAACAUUUGCUAGAUAUCUAAUAUGGGUAAAAAGGGAAGAUUAUAACUACCUCUGUGUAAUGAAGGUAAACAUUUAAUUCUGAAAUAAAAAAAUGACAAUUUGAA